AUGCAAACAGCCUUUAGAAGCACUCGUCAACAGAAUUUUGCCGCAAGCUAUAAGCAGCUCAUAUGGAGUACUUUUCAAUUCCAAACUUGCUCUUUUCCCUUAGCGAAAUACGCUUUGAAGGAACAAAGAUUAACUGAGGAAGAAGGCGACAAGCUAUCGGUGGUGGCUUGUACUUGUUGCCAGCUGAACAAGGAAGGAGACGAAGGCGAUAAUCCCACCGUUCGAAUUACUUAUCAGUUGAUAAUGAGUGAAAGUAGCAUAAAAAUUCACUUACGCAAGUUAUUAUUCGUUUUGACGUUUAUGCUAAUUGCAGCAUUUAGCAAUUGGAUUGCUUUGGCUUAUAUCCACGAUUUUGUUGGCAGAAAUGCUUUGCCAGACAUAGCUUUUGCAAUUAUGCCUGAAUUACUUUGGACAUUGAAAGUUGGUGAUGCAAUGGUUACACUUUGUUCUGUUUCAUUUUUUGCCUUACUUUUCCUUCAUAAAAAUCGCUUGAUUAUUAUUCAACGAACAGCUUUUAUAGUUGCCUGUUUGUAUACAAUGCGGACAAUAUCAUUAUUAUGUACACAGUUACCCUCAGGUUAUAUUGAUAACAGCGAAAGAUGUCAAGCACAAAAUAAUUAUUCGGGUCAAGACUGGAAUGUAAUGAUAUGGCGAGUUUUUUCUCAGGCAACGAAACUUGGAUUCCAGGACAUAGAUGAUAAGAUGUUAUGUGGGGAUUUAUUGUUCUCAGGUCAUACUUUAGCAAUGGUCGUUAGUUCUUUAACAGUUGCGUAUUACUUACCUAAUUCACUACGACUACUGAGGUAUAUACCAUGGAUAUCAGCAUGGAUUGGUAUGAUCUGUAUGGUUAUUAGCAGAACGCAUUAUACUGUUGAUGUUAUUUUUGCAUAUUGGUUGUCAACGGCUGUAUUUAAUCUUUAUUACUCUUUUUGCGAGAUUGACUUGACAAAUCGUAGAUCAUCGAUACUUCAUCAGCUGUGGAUGAUUCGAGUGGUUAAUUGGCUCGAAGUUGAUAUUCCAUCUGGAAGGUUCAUUUUGUUCAUUCAUUUAAAAAAAUGCAAGUGUCUUAUAAUAUACUAA